AUGAGGAUUAUACAACCAUACUUGCUAAUAUCACUAUAUUGUGCGGGAAUAUGGCGUGUCAGUACGGCAAGUGCUACUUUACCCGAGGUCAAGUUUGAGCGCGUAAGUCAAGUGGGUAUUGCAGGACAAUAUAGUGGAAUUUCGCUGGCGAGCCAGCGGAGUAUAAAUCAGACUAUCGACGUAAACAGUGCAUCACUCUUUAGACUCAUUUCCACAUAUAAUGGAAGUGGUGGUGACUUCCAACUCGUCGGGUCUACUUCCAAAGGCGGCACCAUAACUGCAUUAUGUCAAUUACCUAGGAACAAUAAUAGCAAACAAUAUGAUAUAUAUGUUGGUGGAAAUUUCACGAGCAUGGCGUCAAAAUCAAUCAAUAAUAUUGCACGAUACGAUCCAGACCAACAAACCUUUUCGUCUUUGUUAGACGGACUGGACGGACCUGUUUCUUCACUAUAUUGUGACUCGAAUACGGGUAGUGUUUAUGUUGGUGGCUCUUUUACGGCACCUGUGAACGCGGCAAGUCACAAUAUUAAUGUCACGUCAUUUGGUGGGUCAAUAGCCGUAUGGAAAGAUAGUACAUGGCAGGCGUUACCGUUCAAGGGAUUCAAUGGACCGGUGUUGACGAUUGCAUAUAAUCUUGACAAUAAUACAUUUUAUUUUGGUGGCGUGUUUGAUGCCACCGCUAAUGGUGAUUAUGGCGCGACAUCUAGUUUGCAACCGAUCAAUUUGCAGAAGGCUUUAAUAACUUCUGGAAAUAGCGGAAUUAUGCAAGGAUUUAAUGACCCAACAGUACUAAUAUGUAGUGGCAAUGCAGAUGCACAAAAUAAUACAUGGUUAAUGAAUGAUAAUAUUCCCGGGUUUUGGCGUGCUGAAUUCAAUCAAAUAACAAUUACACCAACAUCAAUCGGCAUAAAAAAUACGGCAUUCGAAGGGCGAGGCACGAAAACAUUCAGACUUUUAUCAGUACCGGAUAAUGCGGUUUUAAAUCUUUCGUAUGUUGAUCCGUCUACCAACGCCGCAAAUUAUUGUACUGAUGCUUGUCCAUUGACACAUGAUUCGAACCAAUAUCAAAUGUUUAAUAUUGUGGAUCCACAUCCACUAAAUGGAAUACAAAUUGAUAUUCGUGAAUGGUAUGGUAAUGGUGGUGGGCUUCAUGGAAUCCAAUUAUAUCAGAGUGAGGUGGUUGUAAAAGCAGCGGGCGAUUCCGGUUUCCCUAAAUGUUCUAAUACUCCAUUUUCACCUACGGUGACUCCUGUAGGACCAUGGACCUCUCAAGUAUUAAAUGGAGUAUGGGAAACUGUUCUAGUGGCAUCAAUUCCAACAUCGCAACUCUCAAAUUCUAAUGUAUCGGUCACGCUUCAACCUUACGUUCCACAAACAGGCUUCUAUGAUGUGACUUAUACCUCACAAAGUUGUCUCCCAAUCGGAUGUGACAAAACUAUUCCAAUCAAAGUGACACUUAAUUAUGCACCUGGAUUAUCAAUUUCUCAAAUAAUACCACAGGAUCAAACACAAACCAAUAUUUCUACAAUCUAUUCGGGAACAGUUGUCGCGACAACCUCAUCUUUUGCGCCCUCCGUUGUCGUCUCAAUUCCACAGUCGGUGACUCCACCUUCAGGUGGUGUGGCUGUUAUCGCGGUAGAUUUAGUUAAAUUUGUGAAAAGGAAUAGUAGUACCCCGUUAAGUGGGUUAUUCCAAUAUAAUCCGAGUACAAAUUCUGCGCCUACUUGGGGUGGUUUUAAUAAUGUUUUAUCCCAAAGAGCAAAUAUCACCACAAUUGCUGUGUAUCAAAAAUCAUUGAUCGUGAUUGGUGGUAGUUUCACAACCACGUCAUACUCAAAUAUUGUAUUCUAUGAUGGUUCUAAUUUUAUUUCUCUUGCAAAUAAUGGACUUAAUGGACCAGUGAAUACAAUCACAAUAAUCAAUGACAAUUUAUUAAUUGGAGGCGCAUUCAAUGGAACAGCAAGUCAAAGUGACGUGACGAAUUUAAAUAACCUGGCAAAAUAUGACAUUAAAAAUAAAAGAUGGUUACCAAUUGGAGUAGGUGUUAAUGGACAAGUCCAAACGCUAUCAAGAGUCAAUACUUCAAGCUCAAAAGUUUUUGUAUCUGGUCAAUUCAAUACUGUAAUAAAUCCAAAGGAGGGAAAUCUCACGUACGGUCUUCCUCUCUGGGAUGACACGUUGCAAGAUUGGUCUUCUGCUGGAUAUGUUGAGGGCACGAUCAGCUCUAUAUUGCCAAAUGUUUACCCUGGUGGCACGAAUUCUACUACUUACUUUGGUGGUAAUAUAUUAGACGUACAAUCAUUGGCAGCAUUAGGCGGUGGAUUGGUCACGGCUAAUCCGCUUAAACUUUCCGCUUUACCUAUUUCUCCUCAAAGCAAUGGCACUAUACCCCAGUUUAGUCUUAACACGGGCGUGUUUUGGAAUGAUUCGGUAAUAAUUGUUGGCGGUGAUUUCGAAAUGGCUGAAAAUAUUCAGAACGUUGCAAUCGAACAACAAAAUGGCUCAUGGACGGGUCUUGGAUCUAAUUUGACGAUAAAUGGAACAGUUAAUAAUUUGUAUAUAGAUAAUAAUAUUCUGUAUAUCGGUGGCAAAUUCGUUAUUACUACUGAUGAUAAGACUAUGUAUGGAUUUGCAUUAUAUGAUUUGAACAAAAAACAACUUGUCGAGAUUCAACCACCACAAUUGACUGAAAAUGGAAACGGAAAUGAGGUCAGCGUUAAAGUGACCCGUUCAAGAUCACAGACGAUUCUAGUCGCUGGAACUUUUGAUAAGGCUGGCUCAUUGGACUGUCAAGCUAUUUGCGAGUGGGAUCUUACACUUAAACAAUGGAAUAACGUUUGCAUUAACUCCGAAUUAUCUGGAAACGUUUAUUGGAUGGAUUUAGAUGAGCAACAAGAAAUCCUCGUUAUUGGUGGUGAUUUGAAGCUCAACGGAACUAAAAGUUAUCUUCUGAAAUAUGAAUUCGGAACCAACAUCUGGCAGCCACUCGGCACAAAUAAUUCGGGACAAAAUCUUCCAGGUCCAGUUAAAGCAAUCACAAUUCAAUCACAAACAGUAAUUUUCAUUUCUGGCGUUUUCGCGUCCGACAACACCACCACAUAUUUACGGAAAUGGGAUGGCAAGAAAUUUAUCGAAAUUGGCAAUAACAAACUCAACUCUAAUUCUACUGUAAACCAACUUCAAAUUGUUCCGAUGCAAACAACACACAACAGCAAUGGAAUUCUUGAUGAUAACUUUAUGCUUCUCGUAUCUGGAUCACUUUCGUUAGAAGAUUAUGGUAAUGUUAGUACUGCUUUGUUCGAUGGUGAAGUUUUUUAUCCAUAUAUCUAUUCGUCGCAAACCGGCGGAUUACCGGGAAAUAUCCUUUCGAUAUUUUUCUCGAAUAACUUUGAUUUCAAUCCUCGAAAAUUCCUUGCUGUACCUCUCGUCAUCUUAGUAUCAAUCUCAAUUGCAUUAGCAUUAACUUUCUUGAUUGUCGCGAUUGGGAGGUUAAUCAUGGAGAUAAAUCGUAAAAAGAGUUCAACGAACAUUCCACAAAAUCCACGCAACUCCAUGCUCUCAACAAAAUCAUUUACAGAAAUUAACCAAGCGCUCAUCGCUUCAAAUAUGUACAACACUGCUGACCUACGAAAUUCCGAACUCAAAUCAAGUGAAAAACCGCUAGAUGAAUUAGCCACCGCUGGUGUAGUUUCUGUUGCUGCUGCUGGUGGAAUAACCCAAUCCCAACCCGGUCAUGACUUGUCAUUGGAACCUGAAAAUGCUCAACAAAUUCCUCCGACGUCUAAUGUUUCUGAAGGAGAAAGAGAUUCCGAGACUAGUGAUAUGAUGCCUUCGACGUAUAUGGCCGAGGAUACAGCCUCAGGGUCGAUUGAUGCUACUGGUGGGUCAUCAACUGGUGGUGGCGCAUUUCAUGAAAUAUUUCUCAAUGGUGGCCCUGAGGUUUAUUAUGCAAAAUAUCAUUUUGAGGCGAGAGAGUCCGCAGAGUUGGGUUUCGAGGUGGGAGAUAAAAUACAUGUAAUAGAUAAAAAUGAUCCAAUAUGGUGGAUGGGUUUAUUGGACAAUGGAACGGGAAGGCCUAGGCAGGGCGUAUUUCCAAGUAAUUAUGUAACACUUGAUCCACCACCAUAUGAUCAUGAUGAAAUGCUUGAAAAUCAACCACCUUCACAAGAUUGA